AUGAAUAAUGACGAUCACAUUUCUUAUUUAUGGAAAUCGUCAUUAAAUAUAUCGACAAAUACACAAGAAAAACAACUUUCAAAUUCAUUGAAUUUAUUAAACAAAAAUCGUAGAAAAUCAAUUAUUCCUUCAACACACUUACCGAUCAAAGUACCUAAAUUAUUCCAAAUGGAUACCGAACAAGAUAAUUUAUUAAAUAAGGAUUGUUCAUCAAUUGAAACAGAAAAACCAACUCAAUCAAAUAUUAAUUCAUUCGUAACGACAACAAUGAAUAAUAAUACUGAUAAAAAAGAUUUAUUACCAAAAGAUAUGGUAGAAAAUGAUGCUGAUUGUGAAGAAAAUGAAACUGAAAAUAAUUUCGAUUUAUUUAUCCUUCAAAAUUUUACACCAUUUUCCGGUGAACAAGAUGUUAAUCAAUGGUUGAGUGAAACCAAAAGGAAAUUUAAUCGACUUUUAAUUCCAAGAAAUUUACGUUCUACGGCCAUUCCAUUGUUAGUGGAAGGACCCGCAGAAAAGGUUUACAUAUUAAAUAGACGAAACAUUCAAUCCUUUGAAGACUUUUAUGAAAUAUUAUUAUUACACUUCGAUAAAGAUGUUACUCCAUCAGCAUUGACUGAUCCACAGGAAAGUGUUUUCUCACAAUCCAGUUUACUUCAUCAAGUUAAAUCGUCAGAAGAUAAAAAUUUACAAACAAUGAUGACAUUCGAUAAUACUAAUUUUUCCGAGAAACCUCCAAAACAUCACUCUACUGCAUUGAAUGAUUCCGGUGCCGCCACUUCGAAUGGCGAGAUACCAGCCUUUCAAUCAACAGUAGUUAAUGACAAUAAUACUAUCAAUCAUAGUACUACAACCGUUGAUGAUACAACAAAUGCAAUUCGUAAAGUUUUACUUCACAAUUUAAUACAAAAUCCAAAAACAUUUCAAGGGGGCAAAGAUGAUGUUACUAAAUGGUUGGAAGAUCUAGAACAUUCAUUUGAUACCGCGCAUAUUCCCGACGCAAAUAAAUUGGAUCUAAUCUCGUACUCACUUCGAGGUGAAGCACUUCGAUGGUAUAAAAAUAAUAAAAGUACAUUAACUUCUUGGCAAUUAUUCGUAUCUGAAUUUAAAAAGGCAUUUACUUCAUCUUAUCAUGAAGAAUUAGCAUUUCAAAAACUAGAAGCUUACACUCAAGGAGAAAAUCAAUCGAUCCGUAAUUAUUACAAUGAAGUCAUUAAACUUUGUAAAGAAGCUGAUCCAGCUAUGAGCGAAUCUGCUAAAUUACGAUAUCUUCUCAAUAAAACAAAACCAACAAUUCAAUUUGAAGUUCGUCGAAAGAAACCUACAACUACAAAAGAAUUUCUCGAAUAUGCCAAAGAAAUUGAAGAUCUUUAUCAACUAUCUAAUAUUACUAUUAAUACAAAUACAAAUACCAAUAUCAAUAGUAACACUAAUACUACAUCACCUACAUUACCAUUUACAUCAAUUCCAUCCAUGAUUCACAAUUACUCCAAUUCUUUUUCUACGAUGUCACAACCACAAAAUUGGAAGAAAUUUAAUAAUAAUUAUCCUAAUAAUUAUUAUAAAAAUAAUUUUCGUACAUCAUAUCCAUUACUUUCAUAUAAUUCAUCAUUUCAACCCCGUCAAUCAACAUUUUCAUCAACGAAAUCACCUAUAUCAUCGCGAUCUUCACCAAAGAUCGCUCCACAACCAUUUCGUCCUAACCAACAAAGGUCAUCAAAUACUUAUACUACAAAUAAUAACAAACAACCAAAUACUCAACAACGUCCAAAGACAUUUUCUCGUAAUAACCCGCGACAAACUAAUGUUAGUAGUUUACUCCCACUAGAUGAUUUAAUACAACCUAAUUUACAACAAUCAUCUACACCUACUGAUUAUUGUACUCAAUGUAAACAAUUUGGGCAUCAGGCUAGUGCCUGUCCAAAUUUCUAG